AUUGAAGUGCAGCAAGGACUGCUACGAGGAAUCAAAGAAGAUAAUAUCAAUGGAAAAAGUUUUUUCGCAUUUCGCGCUAUUCCGUAUGCGAAGCCACCAGUUGGAAAGUUACGAUUCAAGGUUUUUGAACCGUGGUCUGGAAUUAGAGAUGCGAUUAAAUAUGGCAAUAAAUGCGCGCAAGUCACUUGGAUCAACAGUAAAAUAAGUGGAAAGGAAGAUUGUUUGUAUCUCAAUGUUUUUACAACGAAAUUGAACCCAGAGGUACCGAGAGCUGUUAUAGUUUGCAUACACGGUGGAAAUUUCGUUUGUGGAUCUGGUGACGAUGACAUUUUUGGUCCAGAUUAUCUUGUGGAAAAAGACAUCGUUGUAGUAACUCUCAAUUAUCGGAUUGGAAUUCUAGGUUUUCUGAACCUAGACAAUGAGGAAGCAUCUGGAAAUCAAGGACUCAAAGACCAAGUAGAAGCUCUAAAGUGGCUGAAACAGAAUAUUUCAAAAUUUGGUGGGGAUCCAAAUAAUAUCACACUUUGGGGCUUGAGUGCAGGGGGUGCAUCCGCUCAUUAUUUAGCUCUUUCUCCACUUGCUCAAGGUUGGUUAUUUCAUAAAGUCAUCAUGCAAAGUGGCGUCGCUAUCAAUCCGUGGGCUCGUGCGCCGGAUGAUAUGAAGGUAAAAGCUGAAAAAGUAUCAGCGAAACUUGGAGAUAAGAUCAAUGAUCCAAAAAAGUUGGUCGAGUUUCUUCGAAAGGUCGACCUCUAUGAACUAAUAAAAGCUCAGGAAUCACUCUGUACAUGGAAGGACAGAAUGUUUCUCAUCAAUCACUUCGGGCCGUCAGUAGAUUCAAAAUCGGAAAAUCCAUUUUUAAAAGUUCCAGUAGAAGAAGCAGCUAAGUCAGGCAUCAAAGUACCGUGUAUUAUCGGCCAUGUUGCUCAUGAAGGAAUGUAUAAUCUUUCCGAACUACUGAUACAUCCGCAUUCAAAAAAAAUUUUGGAAAAACUAAAUAUCACAUACAAAGAUCUAAAACAAUUCUUCAUGAAUGAUAAGGAAAUUUCACCGCAAAAUAUCAAAGAUUAUUUGAAUUUAAUUACUGCUGCACACUUUGUGAUUGAUAUUCAACGAGCUAUUAAAAUUCAGUCCCAAAUUAUGGAGAUGCCGACUUAUAUGUAUAAAUUUGACUAUUAUUCUAAAAAGACAUAUAUUAUGCAGAAAAUACUACGAAUUGAUAUAGAAGGAACAUGUCAUGUUGAAGACUUGCCUUAUAUAUUUUAUCCAAAGUGGUUCACAAAAUGUGGACUUGAACCUUACGCGCCCGACUCUAUUGAGUUUUUGAACCACCAACGAUUCUUGGAUCUAUGGAGUAAUUUUGUCAAAACUGGUGAUCCAACUCCAACAAUAUCUAAAAUUCUUCCUUUUAAAUGGCAACCAAUCGAUAAUUCAACUCAAUUAAAUUGUUUGAAAAUCUCAAAGGAGUUUUACAUGACCAAAGAGCCAUUUAUUCUUGAUCAAUUAGCGGAGAAAAAUAAAGUUAACCUUCUUUGA